CAGUGGGCUGGUGGCCCAGGCAACCCUGGCCCUGCUGCCGUCACCUCCCAGCUGGGAACAGGGGUGUUUUGUAGAGGAAGCACCUUGCCGGCUGCUCCUUGUGCUGCUCCGGUCUCGUGCUGCCCCUUCGCCAUCUUCCCACCCUUGCACCCAGCCACCGGCACCCCGGGGCUCGCCACUUCUUUUCUCUUUGUGGUGAACGGAGCUGACCUUCCCGCUGCCUUUCCCCCUCCUGCUGCUGCAUCACGAUACAGGAGGUACAGCUCCUCUCCUUGCCCACCCCCCCCCCCGGGGGUCCCUCCGGGUGGGCUCCUCUGAGCACCCCUCACUGCAAGGAGUGGAGGCCGAGCAGGGCGAGGGUUCGGGGAAGACAAGCGGGGCAGCAUGGCUGCUUGGCCCCAGCUCUUUGCAGCGGGCCGACACUGCCAGGGCGCAGACCUCAGGCAGGAAGGAUUGCAAAACAGCCAAGGAGGGAAAUCAAAGAGGCUGGAGCGUGUCGGGGUGCAGUGGGGAGCCCCAGAGCGCUGCUGGCAGCAGCCCAGCUGGGAUGGUGCCUGGUGGGGUGAUGGGAAGGGCCGUCGCCAGGGCUGACUCCCAGAAGGGCCCCAUUCCUGGAAUUUGGGCUGUUUCACAGGAAGGAUGACCAGCUUGCUUUCCUCCCCCAGGAUGGGAGGGAAACAUUCGCUGUCAUCCUGGCUGCUGUCCCAGGGGAGAUGGCUUCCCAGCACCCACGGGCUUAACUCCCCUCUUGGGCAAGUCCUGUCGCGCACCUUGGGACCCCGUAGCUGGUGCAGGGGAUCCUGAUGGCUUGACUCAGCCCCACCCCCUCCCCCAGCUUGGAUAAGCUCAGACUUUCCUAAAAAUAAUCAAACCCUUAUAAGGCGGCAUCCACCCUGAGGCAACUAGGCUGGGAAACGAUUUUGCGGGUUCCCAUAGGAGUCUCCCCAAGGGAGAUGUUUCUCCCGGGUGCUGCUGCGCAGCCCAGAGCAGCGCUUACACUGGUGGCUGCACAGGAGGGGCUGGGGGGGGCAUUUUUCUUUCUGCCCAGGGUUUGAGAGAACCUGAAACUCCACUCAACGGGAAACUCCACUUGAUGGGACAGGAAACCCCGCCUGACGUUCUCAUAAGUAAGAGGGAUGAAUUAAUGGCAUCGGGAGUGCCAAGCAGGGCCAUGGCAGCACCCUCAAGCAUAAACUCAGAGCCCGUCUCGCUCCCCCCACCCAGCUCCCGCUGCAGACCCUUGGGUGAUGUGUGCCAGUCCCUGCUGCUGCCCCGGCACCCCCCUUGCAACCCCUGCUCGAGCGAUGCUGCGCCUGCGGAGAGCCGUGCCAGCUCCUGGCGCUGCCGGCUGCUGCCUUCUCUGCUGACCUCAGCCCUGGGGCAGAGACAGCAGCUCCUGCCCGUUGCGUUUCCCUCCGAGCUGCCAGCUGAAACAGCAGGCAGGGAUUUAACUGCUGCAGGGCCGGUGGCACGGACAUGGCACAGUGUCCUCCUCGUGAGGUGUCGGAGCGCCCGAUAUCUGGCCCUGCGGAGGCUGUGGGGGCAGAAGGGUGGCACUGGAGACGUCCCUGCCCACGGUGUUUGAUGCGGGGCGGGUGCUUGCCUUUUCUGCAGGAACAGCUGCCUUGGGAGGCAGGGCAGGCAGCCCUUCCCUUCCUCCUCGAACAGUGAAUGGCCGGACAUUUGCCGAGAUGGAGAUUACGGCACACGUGUAUCCGGAUUUCUACCUCACCGUGUCCAUGAGAAAGCAGGGGGCACGUUGGAAACCUUGCCAAGCCCUGUUCCUCUGCUCGGGGGAACGGAGGCGGGAGGGAAGGGGCUGCUGGUUUCUCCACCAGCACGGUGAUGCCAAGGCACCGGCACCCGCUCAUCCGCCACGGAGCACCUUUGCAAACACGUUCCUCCCUCCCUGUGGGAGGUGUCCCUGUGCCAAGAGUGUCUCAGCUGUCCAGAGCAGCCCCUUGCCCUGGGCAGCAGACAAAGAGCGGGUAUACAGUCGCCCGCCUGGCUCCAGCGCCUUGGCAGGGCAGAAAGCGAGCCAUUGUCCCUGCACACUGCCGGUCCCAGUGCCAGCCACAGCUGCGGACCGGGCUGGCGGAGGCUGCCUGGUGGGACGCAGCAGAGCCGGCAGCAGUCGCGCCAUGGCCACGCUGGUGGGGCCAGCAGCAGCCCUGGUCCUCCUCUGCCUGGCUGUGGGGCUGGAGGCCAGCCCGGAGCUCUCAGGGUACCUGCGCAAAGUGCUGAGGAACCACACCGCCCACACCUGCGACGGGGAGCAGCUCCUCAUCGUCUGCCCUCGCAAGACCACCAUCAGCAUCCUCGGCGCCUUCUAUGGGCGCCGCGUACCCAGCCCCAACCUCUGCCCCAGCCCUGGCAAUGCCUCCCAGGAAAGCACGGAAUGCACAUCCACCACUGCCCACCUGCAGCGCCUGGGGCUGGAGCUGGCCUUGCAGUCACGGGAGUCUGGUUGCUGCCUUUUCUGGAGCCCUGCUCGGCCAGGCAAUGCUCCCUGGCCCCAGCUGAGAGUCCCUGGUCCAGCUACUCAGCUCUACCCAUGGCUGGGGAGAGGCUACACCCACCGGCUGCAGGAGAGCGGAAGCUGCUGGCUGAGUGCCAGGACCAGCAGUGGUGCCAGUUCUCGGUGCACAGCCAAGUCUUUGGGCCGGACCCGUGCCCUGGGACACACAAGUACCUCAUCACUUCCUACAAGUGCCGGCCAGUGUCACUCCCCAGGGAACCAUCGGGUCAAGACCGUGUGUGAGAACGACAAGCUGAGGCUGCAGUGCCGACCAAAAUCCAUCCUGGCCAUUUAUUCUGCAAAUUACGGACGAUUCCUGCGGGGCAAACCAGAGUGCGAUGCUCUGAACACUGGGGGACCCCAUAUAGAGUGCUUGGCUCCAGAUGCCCUGUGGAGGGUCUCCAAGAAGUGCCACCGCAAGAGAAACUGCACCGUGGCUGCUGACCAGGCCACCUUUGGGGACCCGUGCCUCCCCGGCAUGAAGAAACAGCUGCGAGUCUCCUACACCUGUGUGCCCAAGCAGCUGCUGGAGGAGGUGGGCCCUGACACCUCGGACCCCUUCCUGCUCUCCGACUACAUGCACGGUGGCUGGUACAAAGGGCCCAGGUUCUCCAGGCUCCGGGAAGACCAGAUGAUUUUUACUAGCUCUCUGGCAGCUUUUGCCGACCUUUGGGGCGUCCCAGAGAAAGUUGGCCUCUACUUUCUUUGCGGGGUCUCUGGAGGCCUCAUGCUCCUGCUGUGCAUCAUCAGCCCCAAAACCACCUUCCUCCAGGAGGCGGGGGAGGCUCUCAAAGACCCAGAGGUGGGGAGCAGCUCGGAGCUGAGCAGGACAAAGCUGCGAGAUGAGCAGGAUGAAGACCUUCCUGAUGACAGCUCCUCGGACUCCUCCUUCCGCCGCCUCACCCACACCUACCGGGCCACCGACAGCAUCUUUGGCCCAGAGCUGACGGCAGCCAUGGAGGGAGCAGUGGAGCACCAGGGCCGUGGCGGGGAGGAGAUCUGGAUGCCCAAGGAGUCGAGCCCAUACGCCAUCCACAAGAUCAAAUCGGCCACCAAAUAAGAACUGGAAGAAAAUGGCUGGAGAGCAUCACGGGGUGGAGGCUGAGCGGGAUCCAACAUCGGAGAGACACAAGAGUUUGGACUCCUUGGGGUGAGUGGGCAUCCUGAGUGGCAGCAAGGCCACAGCAGCCCCAGCGUGGCCAUCAACCCACUGCUCCACCAGCCUGGAAACCUCUAACCCAGGGGUAAGAUGCGGUCCCUGGCUGCGAUUGAGGAACUGCGCGAUGGCUCGUGGGGCCACUGGCUCCUUUGCCACAAACACACCGCUAACCCUAAGCUAACCUCCCCAUUCUCGGCUCACAUCGGCUGGCUCUAGUACCUAACCCUUCGCAGCCACGCCGUGCCCACCCUGAGCCUUUCUAGCUGUUUGCUCCUGUUUCUUCUUGGGUACUGGCUUCCACCCCUGGUGCUGCAAACACCGCCCAGCACUCGGGCAGCGUGCCGGUGGCGGAGACGCAGAAACGGCCAGGACGCGGGGAGGAUGCAUGCAGAGCGGGUGGGAGAGAGCCAUGAGCAUCGCCCAGCACAGUCCUACCACGCCGUGUGCCUUGCAACCCUGGUGUCCCCCAGGGAGCUGCACCCCAGCGCUGGGGCAGCCAGCAGCUUGGCUCGGCGCUGGCUCUCACCUCCCUGCCGGCAUCCUGGAGCUCUGUCACCCUGCGUUGCUCUGUGCUUUCCUUCAUGCUUCCCCCGCUGGCAGGAGACCUCCCUGGGUUAACUUGCUGGGGCUUUUUCCAGUAAAUAAAUGCAACAGCUCGUA